GAAAGUGGCAAUAUUCGAGACGCCAUAUUCUUUCCUUUGUGAUCCGUAUCCGUUGACAGAUCUUUUUAGCUAAAUUCUCCCAAAAUGAAGGCGAAAGGAGAGUUAAAGGAAUAUGAAGUCAUCGGGCGCAAGCUCCCUUCGGAGAACGAGCCCAAGCCUCCCCUAUACAAAAUGAGGAUCUUUUCUCCUGAUCCGAUCGUAGCAAAGUCUCGCUUUUGGUACUUUUUGAGACAGCUGAAGAAGUUUAAGAAGACAACUGGGGAAAUUGUUUCCAUCAAGGAAAUCCCAGAGAAGAGCCCUGUUAAGAUCAAGAACUUCGGUAUCUGGUUGCGUUAUGAGUCAAGAUCGGGUGUUCACAACAUGUACAGAGAGUACCGCGACUUGAGUGUCGGAGGAGCGGUGACACAGUGCUACCGAGAUAUGGGCGCCCGCCACAGAGCACGCGCACAUUCCAUCCACAUCAUCAAAGUGGAAGUAAUUAAGGCUGCAGCGUGCCGCAGGCCGCAAGUAAAACAGUUCCACAACAGUAGCAUCAAGUUCCCUCUGCCCAAGCGUGUCCAUCACUACAAGAGGCUCAACAAAUUCGCCUACAAGAGACCAAGCACCUACUUCUUGUAAUUUUAUUGAUAAAAAUAUUACAAUAAAAUCCAUAUAUUAAA